AUGUCUACCCCACAAGCUCACCAGCUCCAACACGCUGAGCCAAACAAUAUAUCGUCAACUGCCUCAAUUAUUGAAGCAGUGAGUGAUUCCGAACUAGUUGAAAAGACUAAAGAUAUGUAUAAUAGACCUGCAAAAAUUGAUUUGGAAAUGAAUAAAGAAAAGCUCCCUUUUGGUGAACAAGAUCAGGUUACUAUUCGUGAACUCUCUAAGGAAUCAACAAGUGGUGGUGGUGGUGGUGGUGGUGGUGGGAACAGUGAAUAUAACAGCAAUGAUGGUGCUGUCACACCACAUUUAUCAUUUUGGCAACGCAUGAAAAUCAGAUUUCCGUGGUAUAAAAUAGCAUUUCACAUCUUUUUAGGUUGUUUCUUUACCUCAUGGUGGUUAUCAAUAGUCAUACAAGAAAAACACAGACACCAAUGGUUAAUUCCCACAGUAAUCUGGGGUAUGAUUAUGGUUAGACUAAUCACAUUCUAUUGUAGAAUAUUAAACUGGAUAUUAAAGUAUGCCAAACUAGUAUGGGAUUAUGCGACAGAUUUCAUAUACAUAAAAGUAUUGAAGCAGAGGUAUCAAAGAUUACUUGCAGGAGCAGCUAUACUUAUCUCAGUUGUACUAUUGGGUACGUUUAUUCCAGCGGAAACUGAAUUUUCCAAGAGAAAAGAUCGUGCCGUUUCUUUUUUUGGUUGUAUUGUUGCUGUAUUUGGGUUGUUUGUAACUUCGAAGAAUCCAAGUAAGAUUCAAUGGAAUACAGUUAUUGGUGGGUUAUUAAUGCAAUUUAUUGUUGCCAUUUUUGUAUUGAGAACAAAAUGUGGUUAUGAUAUUUUCAAUUUUAUUUCAACAUUGGCUAGAGAACUAUUGGGCUUUAGUAAAGAUGGUGUUGCAUUUUUAUUGAAUCAAGAGAUUGCUCAUUUUCCUUACUUCUUUUUCACUGUUUUACCAGCAGUGGCAUUCUUUGUUGCAUUUGUUCAUAUUUGGUAUUAUUUUGGAGUUAUUCAAUGGGCCAUUAGGAAAUUUGCCUUUUUCUUUUUUUGGACAUUGAGAGUAUCGGGUGCUGAAGCAAUGACUGCGGCAGCUUCCCCAUUUAUUGGCAUUGGAGAAUCUGCGAUUUUGAUUAAGGACUUGAUGCCGUACUUGACGAAAGCCGAAUUACAUCAAAUCAUGACAUCUGGCUUUUCCACUAUAUCUGGCGCUGUUUUAGUUGGUUACAUUGGAUUGGGUUUAAGUCCACAGGCAUUGGUAAGUUCCUGUGUUAUGUCGAUACCUGCUUCUUUAGCAGUAUCAAAAUUGAGGUAUCCUGAAACUGAAAUACCUGUAUCAAGUGGGAAAGUCAUGAUUCCUAAAUGCGAACAAGCCGAAUCGGAUGAGAAGAAUAAGCCACAUAAUGUUUUGCAAGCGUUUUCUGAUGGUGCUACAUUAGGUUUGAGAAUUGCGGGGACAAUGAUGAUUCAGUGUAUGUGUAUCAUUGGCCUUGUUGCCUUGUGCAACGGUAUCUUGACAUGGUUUGGUAACUACUGGAAUAUCCACCAGUUGACAUUAGAAUUGAUGUUGUCGUACUUGUUCUACCCCAUUGGAUUCUUGCUAGGUACGCCAAGGAACGAAAUUUUAAUAGUAACAAAACUCAUUGCCUAUAAAUUUAUUCAAAAUGAAUACGUCGCUUACAAUUUACUAAUGACAAGUGCUCCAUAUAAUGAGAUGUCUUCUAGAGGUAAGUUGAUCGCAACUUAUGCAUGUUGUGGAUUUGCCAACUUGGGUAGUUUGGGAAUUACAUUGGGUGUCUUGAAUACCCUAACCAAUAACUCGAGAACAAAAGAUAUUACUUCAAGUAUCAUGUCUUCCUUAUUUUGCGGUGGUAUUACUACACUUAUAUCAGCUGCAAUUUCCGGAAUGGUUAUGCACGAUUUGAGUAAAUUCAUUCAAUAG